AUGUCUGCACCCAGUAACCAAGGAACCAACCGCUUGCAUCACCAUGCUAAAACCUGCAAAGAAAAGCCUGAGAAUAAGAAAGGACAAAGAAAGAUUACUACAAUCAAAACAGGUAAUGCACAAACUAAGUUAGCUAAUUGGAAGUAUGAUGUUGAUGCUACUAGGAUAGUUGUUGCCAAGAUGAUUGUUAAGCAUGGUUAUCCAAUCACCAUAGUUGAGCAUCCAUAUUUUAAAGAGUUUGUUAAGUCUCUGAAUGAUGCUACUAAGAUUUACACUAGGAAUACAGUUAGGGAUGAUAUCAUGAAACUAACAGCUAAGUUCAAACUCCAAUUAAUAGAACAAUUUGACACAAUUACAUCUAAAGUUAGUUUGACAACAGAUGUGUGGACAUUGCAAUCACCACAUACUGGAGAAGUUUUAGCAUUUGUAGUGAGAUCAGUAUCUCUAGAUUGGAACAUAGAUAAUAAAUUUUUUGUUGUUGCUGCUGAAAAUGUUAGUGCCAACAAUGUUAUGAUGGCAAAUCUGAAGUCAUGGCUUGAUAGCAAAGAUUUUCUAUUUAUUAAUGGGGAUUUGUUCCAAAUGAGGUGUAGUAAUCAUGUAUUGCAUUUGAUUGUGUUGUGUGGAAUGAAAGUUGCUGCUCCAUUUAUAGAAGCAAAUAGAGACUGUGUGAAAUAUGUCAAGUCAAGUCAGGAUAGAAAAGAGAUAUUUGAAUGUAAUAUUGCCCAAGUUAAGCUUCCUGCUUCAAGGUCUGUUGGUUUAGAUGUGGAUACCGGGUGGAACUCCACCUUUAAGAUGCUUGAAGAUGCAAUUGUUUUGAGACAAGCUUUUGUUAGGUUAGCUGAUUUGGAUAAUGACUUCAACAUAUUACCAACUUCUUAG